AAAGCGUUUCGUGUUAAACCUUCUCUCAGCUUGCCCCAAGUAAAUCCCUCUCCCUGUUCACCUAAUUGAUUCAUUGAAAUAUUCUUGUUUGAUUUUCUUUGAACCCUUUUCCGAUUAUCUGUUUUCGUGUGCUGUUGUUUUUUUUUCCCUUCAUAUUUUGCAUUUGGGUUUUAUGUAAAUUGGUUUCAGGAACUGAUUGAUUUUUGUGGAAUUAACGUUCGGUAGCGAUGAAGUUUGCGUCUUUUGGACGAAUUAAUUGGUGGGUGUGUUGAAAUCUCGGCUUUUUUUUUUUUGCAGAAUUCUGUGGUGGGUCGGUGAUAAUUCUAUUCGUGAAAUAUUAUGUGGGUGAGUUGAAAACAGGGCUGUUUUUGAGAUUUCUGAGGCGGGUCGGUGAUAAUUAGGGUUCUAUUCGUGAGCUAUCAGGUGGGUGUGUUGAAAAGGGAGCUAUUUUUGGAGUUUUCGGAGGAGGGUCGGUGAUAAUUAGGGCUUUGGAAAGGAUUGAUAUGUGAAAUUGGUUUGUACAUGUGAAAUUUUUUCUGGGUCUGUUGGGAUUUGGGCAGUUCCGCAGAUUUUAAUAGGGUGUCGAACAUAAGUGGGGGGGUUUAUCAAGGCUCAAGGCCAACAAUUUGGGGAAUUUUCACUUAUAGGAGGGUAAUUCUGAGGAGGAGUGAAUUGGUUUCUUUGUUUUUAUAGCUGGAUUGGAUUGUUUUGCCAAGUUUUGACCUGAGUUGAAGGCAUUAUUGGUUGAUUUUGAGGGCUUGGGCUUGAAUUUUUCUUCUGUUUGCAAGGUGUUGGUGGUGGUGUUUGAUUCCGGGGAUUUUGUUUUUGUGGUGGGGAGUUAUUGAUUUUGUAGGGCAUAAGAUGUCAAGUGUAUCAGAAGGUGUUGUUCAAAUUGGCAAGCUAUUGGUUCAUAUUGCUGAGAAUGGACACUCAUUUGAACUUGACUGUGAUGAAUACACUCUUGUUGAGGCUGUCCAACGGUUCCUAGAGUCAGCGUCAGGGAUUCAGUUGAAUGACCAGCUGCUUUUGUGCUUGGACAUGAAGUUGGAGUCCCAAAGGCCCCUUUCGGCUUAUAAACUCCCAUCUGAAGACCAAGAAGUGUUCUUAUUUAAUAAAGCAAGAAUGCGGAGUAAUUCACAACGACCUGCACCAGAGCAAGCUGAAAUCAUUGAAAUUCAGGAUCCUCCAUCACCAUCCCCCUCACACAGUCCCCAUCCACUUGAUGAUGCUUUGGACCCUGCUCUGAAGGCCUUGCCUUCUUAUGAGAGGCAAUUUAGAUACCACUAUCAGCGUGGACACGUGAUUUACAAUCGUACUCAAGUGAGAUAUGAGGCUUGUGACAGGAUUUUGAGGGAGCUGAAGGUGCAAGAGAGGGCAUUGGAGAUUGCUGGCGGUAAUUUAGAUCAUUACUACAGAAUGAUCCUCCAAAAUUACAUGAAUUUUGUGAAGUGUUAUUCGCAGCAGCACCAGAGCCAUUCUAAUCUUCUGGUGAAUUUUGCGAAGGUUAUAGAGAAAUUGAGAUCUUGCAAACUUCUACCAGCUUUACAAACCUCUAAUCGCAAGUGUUUACUAGAUUUUGUGAAGGAAGAGAACUUGCAGAAGUUGGUGGAGGAUUGUAGCAGUUCCCACGUGCAGUUUGAGAAUAAGGUUUCAGAAUUCAAGCACGAGUUUGGAGAGCUAAAGUGCAAAGUUGAAAAUUUGUUUUCUAGCAAAGCUGCAUUUCACAUUAGGGAGUUGGAAGCAACAAUUAAGGACCACCAGCGAUAUCUCAUUGAGCAAAAGAGUAUAAUGCAGGCUUUAAGAUGA